AUGUAUGUCUUCGCCCUAGACGACCAGGUGGUCGUUCUCGACAAUGUUAGGGUUGAUCGGGUCGAGGUCUAUUCGUUAGCCUCCGGCUCCUGGAGGGAAAUUGACGUCGCCAAGUUGCAACCUUUGUGUAUUGUCUAUGGUUCUGUCGCCAUCACUGGAACUAUAUUUUGGCUUGCCACCAUGAUUUCUACUUCUAACACCAAUUUUGAAUUUGUGGUUUCAUUUGACAUCGAAAGGGAUUUGUUUACUUUGGUGAACGACCCUUCGAUUCCACAUUCGCCCUCUCAUCCCUAUAACAACAACGUUCUUGCGGUUUGCAAUGAUAAACUUGCCAUGUUUCGGAGCUACAUUGUUAGGGCCUUUGAGUCUUGUUCGUUUGAUUUGUGGGUGUUUGUAGAUUUUCAUGGUCAUUAUCAUAAUAAUACAUGUGAUGUUUCUGGGGAGAGUUGGGUGAAGAUGUACAAUGUGGGGUCAUUUUCAAGGAUUGUGUAUCCUUUGAGCCUUUUGGGAGAUGAAAUUGUGUGCCAGGAAGAGUUGUCUGGGCAGGAGAAUGAUUUGAGAACAGUUGAAACUGUUUUGGCUCUCUUCAACCCUCUCAGUAAGCAACUCAAGAAACUCCCAUCUCAUAGAGACGAGUUUUUCUAUGUUUCUUUUACCUAUUCUGAGAGUCUUGUUCCAAUUUCAAACCUUCUUCACCAUUAA